GGUUUGCAUAAAUAAAAGAUAUUCAAAGGCAGCAGUAAGUAUCUGGUUCUGUUGUCCCUUCGUUUUCCAUUCAUUUUCAUUCUUGGAAUUUUAUUUCCUUUUCGUUUCAGUUUCAGUUUCCGUUGUGAUAACAACAAUUAAAUGAUUUUUAUCACAACAAAAGGGGUUUUCUGGACAUUAUCAGUUCAUCUCUCUCUCUCGCGCGCGCGCGCGCUCGCUCUCUCCGUGCACAAUCAAUCACAUGAAGAAGAAUUAUUAUCCAAAUAAUCAGUCGACUAUUCCGCAUUGCUGCAGCAACCUAUUGUAAUCUACGUUUACCCGUAUAUAUAUAUGUGUGUGUGUGUGUGUGUUUGAUGGAAGGCAAUGAGGAGACGAGUUCAUCCUACAAGGACUAUUACAAAAUUUUGGAGGUGGAUUAUGAUGCAACCGAUGAGCAGAUCAGAUUGAAUUACAGGAAACUUGCACUGAAGUGGCAUCCUGACAAACACAAGGGUGACAAUGCUGUCACCGAGAAAUUUCAACAGAUCAAUGAGGCAUACACUGUGUUAAGUGAUCCUGACAAGCGUCUUGACUAUGACCUAACUGGAUAUUUUGAGAUUGAUAAAUACACUUUGCGGGAGUAUCUGACAAGGUUUAAAGGGAUGAUACUUACCUGUAAUGGGCUUGGUAUGAGCCACUCAUCAAUAUGCUCACAGCAACUGAUGGAAUCUACUGAACGUCCUGAGAAAUAAGGUCCAGAUAACUUAUCCCUUUUAUAUUUAGUCCCCUUGCCCAUUAUUUGACUAGUUACAUGUUCAUGGGUAAUGAUGGAUGUAAAAAGCUCUAUUAUAUUGUGUCUGAGCAACAGGGUUUUGUCAAAAUGCUUCUGUAUGGGUACAUAUCACAUGUUAAAUAUCAGAAGACAUGUUCCAAAUUUUAUGACCAGUGCUGAUCCCAAUUCCCUGAUCCACAUGAGUGGUGACUUCUUUAA